AUGUCCUCUGUAGUAUAUUAUAAAUUUUUGCAUCAGAAGAAUAAAAGUGUUAUACAUUUUGAUGGAACCUCCAUAAGUGUAUUUGAUUUGAAAAAAGAGAUCAUUUUACAAAACCAAUUGGGUUCAGGUCAAGAUUUCAAUUUGAGAUUAUAUCAUUCUGAACAACCCGAUCAAGAAUAUGAAUUGGAUCAAGAUGUAAUACCUCGAUCGAGUUAUGUAUUAGCUAAAAGAUCUCCAGCAUUUGUCAAACUGGGUAAAUAUAAUAAUGCUCUGAGAUAUAUAACUGGUAAACCAAGAAUAAAUCGAAAGGCAAUUACUUCGACUGUUGGACAUAAUUCAAAUUCAAAUCCUUUAGUGUCAGCACAACUUCAACAACAACAACAACAGCAAUUGGAUGAGAAUGCCACUGAAGAAGAUAGAAUUAAAUUGAUGUUUCAAAACCAAUCGAAUGCUUGGGAACAAACACAAGAAGAUUUAGCUCAUCAUAAAAUGGUGUUCAAUAAACCCACAGCAUCAAGUACGGCGAAUAAACAAGAUGAUCAUCCACCUCCAGGUUAUAUUUGUUAUAGAUGUGGGAAAAAGGAUCAUUGGAUUAAGAAUUGUCCUACAAACAAUGAUCCAAAUUUUGAAGGUAAAAAAAUUAUGAGAACAACUGGUAUUCCGAAAUCUUAUUUGAAAACCAUUUCCAGAGAAGAAGUCGAAAGUAAAGCAAAUACAUUAACUACAAAUGAUAAUGGUGAUGUUGUUGAUAGUGAAGGUAAUGUGAUAUUAAUUACUGAUGAUGGUGAUUAUGCCAUUGCCAUGGCUGAUUCCAAAACAUGGCAAAAUUAUCAAGAAAAAUUGCAAAAUGCUGCUUUAAAAUCAAAGAGAGAAUACGAACUGAAAUUAGUUGCGGAAAUUGAAAAGGAUAAUAAAUGGGAAUUUUUGGAUCCAUUGGCCAAUACUAAAGCGGUUUUAACAUCACCAAUUGUCAUGACACCAUGUUGUACUGAUAGUUCCAAACUACAAAACUUGAAGAAUUUCAAUUAUAAUCAACCUGAACUAGAAAGAGUUUUAAUUGAUAAUGACUUUCAUUGUCCUAAUUGUGGUAAAGCUGAUGUGUUUCUUGAUUCAGUUAUUCCCAAUAAGGAUUUAGAAGAGAAAUUAAAAGAAUAUGUAUCGUCAAAAGAAAAAGAACUUAACAUAAAAGAUCCAAGUAAACGUACAGCAGCAGAAAUGACGGCUGAUGAUAAUAAUGAUCCUCAUCAUUCAGGAGAACCUGAUGCUAAAAAACAAAAAAUUGUUCCUAAUACUGUCCAACCAGGAAUGUUCCCAGUUGGUGUUAUGCCACCACCACCACCACCAAUGCCAUUUGCCUUACCACCAGGACUUCAAAUUCCUCCACCUGGAUUUGGAAUGGUGCCACCUCCCAAUUUUAUGCCACCAACCCAAGGACAACAAUUUAAUAAUAAUAAUAAUAAUAAUAAUAGUAAUAAUCAGUUUAAUCAGCCCAAAUAG